AAACGAGCACAAGGCAAAUUAAAUUAUUUUGUUAUUAUUGAAAAAAGACCCAUUGUUCAGUAAGAGCAGAGUUUGCUCUCUUCUGUGCCUAUUUAAACAAUAAAUGGACCUGCAAUAUCACUCCCUACAGUCAGUGUAGGCAGUAACAGCAAGAAAUAGAAAACAAAGAGAAAGGUGAAUAGAUUAUCCACCCACUCUGCUGGCGGAGUGGGAGGGGUAGCUAGCUAGGCGGAUUAUAAAGAUGGCGUCAUCCACUGAAGAUGUUUAUAUCACUUCUGCUUCUUCCUUGGACCUUGAACAAGAGGAAAGGCGACUAGAGGAGCUCACCCCAUCACUCCCUCCUCCUUCGUCUCACAGCAGCCUCUGUCGUAGGAGACGAGAGAAGAUAUACAGUCUGGGAUACAGCUCCGAAGAGAGACGCGAUACAAGACGAGAAGCAGCCAAAGCUUUCUUUCUCUCCAUACCACUAGACUCAGAGCUAGAACAGAAAGAAGAGACCGAUGAACGGAAAGAGUCUGAACCGCCCAAAGAGCCACCAGUUCCAUUAAAACUCUCCUCUAUCACAGAAUUACUCUCACCACUGACCACUCAGCCUAUUAGUGUUACAGCUAACUCCUCAGGCCUACAGUUCACUCGGGAUGUAGGAUCAGCUGACUCACCACGACGUAGUCGAAAGAACAAGAAGGUUCAAGGCUCCUCCUCUUUUUCACACGUUAAGAAGCUAUCUUAUGGGAGUGGGUCUGUGCAUCAAUCUGUGAAGACUUUGAGAUCCUUUAGUAUAGAACCUGAAGACAGGAGGUUAGGGUUUGUAUAUAAUGGAUAUCCUGUUGUAUUAUAUUCACUUGUGCCAUAUUCUAAACCUUCAAGAGCUGAUACAGUGCUGACAGGGAGAGCUCGUACGAGUAGUAUCAGUGUACAGCUGGAACUGGAUGGGGUAGACUUAGGGGACCCCACCAAAGAAGUAUCCUUAUCUUCAUUGUUAGAACCAGUGUGGAGAUUAGAGCCACAUAUUGAUCAGUCUAAACAAACUGCACUGAACAGGUCAGCAAAGAAAGCCCCUGUCCUGAUUCACCAGUCUUCACUGAGGGACGUUGGAGACAAUGCUACCACAACUGGAGUACCUUCAAGACCUUAUGCUCCUCAAUCCUUCAAAGAGAACCACUCGUCUCAAUAUGUUAACCUCAAUUAUGACCCACGGUCCCUCGACAAUCCGGAGUAUUUCAAAGGACGCAAUGUUACGACUCUUAAUCUCGCUAGCUAUAGAGUGUCACUGGUUAAAUAUGCCAGGGAGAGAGAGGUGAAGAAAGAGAUUAAUAAUCAAUUUGCAGAGAUAUUCCCGUACAUCAAACUAACUCUAUCAAAGCUAAGAAGUAUCAAAAAAGAAAUGAUAUCAGUUGGAACUGAGUGUGGGGUUGACCCUGUAAUUAUUGCUCAUUCCCUCGUCUACUUUGAAAAGCUUGUGCUCAUGGGGAAGGUCAGUAAAUCCACUCGGAAGUUGCUAGCAGGUGCCUCACUUUUAUUAGCCGCCAAAUUCUCCAGUGACAUGAAGAGACCAAAUAUAAAGACCUUAAUUGAAGAAAUGAUUGAUAAGUUUAGGUUCUCGCAAAGGGAACUGUUACUAUAUGAAUUCCCAACUCUAGUGGCGCUAGAUUUCUCUCUCCUAACUCCAAUGCACCAAAUAAAACCACACAUUGAUCAUAUAUUAUCUCUUGAAUAACAAAAAAAGCCAAUCUCAACCUAA